AGUCGUGCGGCGGCAUACGGGGCAGAGCCAGCGAGCUCUCCAUAGUCUGCAUCCGCGGACUCGACCCCAGCAUUACAGCGCACACUUCGAGUCCCCGCUCCCCGACCCUGCGCAAGAAGGGCAGGAACCCUGGCACCUUCAGACAAGAGGCCUCGGAAUCCAGACUCGGGAAGCUCGGUGUGGGGGCGGGGCUUCAGAGCCGUCACCGCGGUUACCGGGAGGCGGAGCCGCCGAGGCCGCUGAGUCCCGGAUGUCCGGGCGCUGCGGCCGGGUCGGCAGAUUCCGGAGUUUCUCUGUUCUUGAGGGUAGUGUUUCAGCAGCCAAUGGCUGUCGAUAUUCAACCAGCAUGCCUUGGACUUUAUUGUGGGAAGACCCUAUUAUUUAAAAAUGGUUCAACUGAAAUAUAUGGAGAAUGUGGGGUGUGCCCAAGAGGACAGAGAACAAAUGCACAGAAAUACUGUCAGCCUUGCACAGAGUCUCCAGAACUUUAUGAUUGGCUGUAUCUUGGAUUUAUGGCCAUGCUUCCUCUUGUUUUGCAUUGGUUCUUCAUUGAAUGGUACUCGGGAAAAAAGAGUUCCAGUGCACUUUUCCAGCAUAUAACAGCAUUAUUUGAAUGCAGCAUGGCAGCUAUUAUCACCUUACUUGUGAGUGAUCCAGUUGGUGCUCUUUACAUCCGUUCAUGUCGAGUAUUGAUGCUUUCUGAUUGGUACACGAUGCUUUACAACCCAAGUCCAGAUUAUGUUACCACAGUGCACUGUACUCAUGAAGCUGUCUACCCACUAUACACCAUUGUAUUUAUCUACUAUGCUCUCUGCUUGGUAUUAAUGAUGCUACUCCGACCUCUUCUGGUAAAGAAGAUUGCCUGUGGGUUAGGGAAAUCUGAUCGAUUUAAAAGUAUUUAUGCUGCACUUUACUUCUUCCCAAUUUUAACCCUGCUUCAGGCAGUUGGCGGAGGCCUUUUAUAUUAUGCCUUCCCAUACAUUAUAUUAGUGUUAUCUUUGGUUACUCUGGCUGUGUACAUGUCGGCUUCUGAAAUAGAGAACUGCUAUGAUCUUCUGGUCAGAAAGAAAAGACUUAUUGUUCUUUUUAGCCACUGGUUACUUCAUGCCUACGGGAUAAUCUCCAUUUCCAGAGUGGAUAAACUAGAGCAAGACUUACCUCUUUUGGCUUUAGUACCUACACCAGCCCUUUUUUACUUAUUCACCGCUAAAUUUACUGAGCCUUCACGGAUUCUCUCAGAAGGAGCCAAUGGACACUGAGUGUAAAGUGCCAAACAAUCUAAGAAGUGUUCUUAAUAAAAAAGUAAAGAAAUAAAAAUUGUACCAGUACUCUUAUGUCACACAUGGGAAUGAGAUUGUCCAUGUCUCUUAAUUUUUUUUUUACUUACUGGACUUUAUGGUUAGACUUGGAAAAAUAUAAAAUAUUAUAAUACUCUGUUAUAUAGUAAAAUAUUAUAUUACUGUAGAAGCCUACUAGUUAACAUUUGCCUCUCUCAAUAGUUCAGUUACUCCUUAGAGCAAAAUCAUGUUUCUGUAUACCUAGCAGUGUGUUGUCCCCAUUUUUAUUAGUAUUAAGAAAAACUAUAAGAAGUGUAACCUGGAAUCCUUAGAAGUGGCAUAAUUUUGCAUGCCUGUGUUAUAUUUCAAUUUGUUUUUCACCUAUAAUGAAUUAUAAAGAAAAGCAUACAUGUAGGAUCUGAUAGCAAACAUGGAAAUAAUGUAUGUUGUAUUUUGUUAUCUAUUUAUUUUCACCAAAACAGUAUUUUGAUAUAUUACAAAAUAGAACAUAAUUUAUAUAAUACAUUUUCUGUUUAAAUAGUUUGGUUGAAGGCACAUUCGUAUUAUUGUUCCUGUAAAGAAAAAUAAAAUAAAAAGCUUAACUACAAAAGGUCUCAAAUGUUCUGACAUUUAAUUGUUUUUUCUGCACUAAUUCUAGAAAUAACCUUAAAAACAUUAAGUAGUAAGAUCAGUGUCUCUUUCCCAAAUGAGUAAAUACAUGUAUUCAUAUAUUUCCUUCUUCUUACAUUUCA